CGGUGUUGGACGUGCUGUGGGAGGACAGAGAUGUCCGCUUCGACAUCUCCCCGCAGCAAAUGAAAAUGAGACCUGGAGAGGUUCUUAUAGACUGCUUAGAGUCUGUUGAAGAUACCAAAGGAAACAAUGGAGACAGAGGUAGACUGCUUGUGACAAAUUUGCGGAUUAUUUGGCGCUCAUUGUCAUUGCCCAGAGUCAAUCUCUCUGUUGGUUACAACUGCAUUAUAAAUAUAACUACAAGAACUGCCAACUCAAAAUUACGAGGGCAGACAGAAGCUCUGUAUAUAUUGACUAAGUGUAACAAUACACGGUUUGAAUUCAUAUUUACCAAUGUUGUCCCUGGGAGUCCCAGACUCUUCACUUCAGUUAUCGCUGUACACAGAGCUUAUGAAACUUCUAAAAUGUAUCGUGAUCUGAAGCUGAGAAGUGCAUUGAUUCAAAACAAGCAACUGAGAUUAUUACCACAAGAACAAAUAUAUGAUAAAAUCAAUGGAGUUUGGAAUUUAUCAAGUGACCAGGGAAAUUUGGGAACGUUUUUUGUUACUAAUGUGAGAAUAGUUUGGCAUGCAAAUAUGAAUGACAGCUUUAAUGUCAGCAUACCAUAUCUACAAAUUCGUUCAAUAAAAAUAAGAGACUCAAAGUUUGGGUUGGCACUUGUGAUAGAGAGUUCUCAGCAGAGUGGAGGAUAUGUACUUGGUUUUAAAAUAGACCCCGUGGAGAAACUACAGGAGGCAGUGAAAGAAAUUAAUUCACUUCACAGGGUUUAUUCAGUUAACCCUAUAUUUGGAGUGGAUUAUGAAAUGGAAGAAAAGCCUCAAUCUCUUGAAGACCUAACAGUGGAGCAAGUUCAAGAUGAUGUGGAAAUCGAAUCUGAUGAACAUACAGAUGCUUUUGUGGCUUACUUUGCUGAUGAAAACAAGCAACAUGAUCGGGAGCCUGUUUUUUCAGAAGAACUAGGACUUGCAAUAGAGAAGCUAAAGGACGGAUUCACACUCGAGGGACUCUGGGAAGUAAUGACCUGAUUUAGAUCAGUACAUGUUUGUUUCCUAAGCAAGGAAGGACUCUCACUUCUUACCGGGCUUGUGAGAUCCAUAGAAAACAAUUGAGAAAUACCAGAGUAGAGGAGAAAGAACAUCCUAA